AUGGCUGGUAGAAACAAUGCCGCGAUUGCUGCUGCUUUGGAGGCUAUGGCUCAGGUUUUGGUAAAUCAACUAAAUGUCAAUGAGAAUGAUGGGUCUCGUAGUUUGGCCACCUUCCAAAGGGAGAAUCCGCCGGUCUUCAAAGGAAAGCAUGACCCGGAUGGCGCAUUGGAAUGGUUGAAGGAGAUUGAGAGGAUCUUAGACUCGCUAGAGACUCGCCAGAGAUUGGAGGUGGCAGGUGAAGAGAUCACUUGGGUUGUGUUCCGUAGGGAAUUUCUGAGAAAGUAUUAUCCUGAAGAUGUUCAGGGUAAGAAAGAGAUUGAGUUUCUUGAGCUCAAACAGGGGAAUAUGUCAGUGACUGAAUAUGCUGCAAAGUUCACUGAGUUGGCUAAGUUCUACCCGUAUUAUGAUGGAGCAGGUGCUGAGUUUUUGAAGUGCAUCAAGUUUGAUAACGGAUUGCGCUCUGAGAUCAAGAAAGAUGUUGGGUAUCAAAAGAUUCAUAUCUUUCCUAAUUUGGUUGAUAGUUGUAGGAUCUUUGAAGAAGAUAACAAUGCUCAUUACAAGGUCAUUACUAAUAGGAGAGGCAACAUUUAG